GGUCUGGGGACUUCCUGUCCCUGAGAAGCCAAAUUUAAGUUCCUCUGUGUCCUGUGGGAGCUGGAACUGCAAGCCUGUCACCCUCCCAACCAUGUCACCAUUGGCUUAGGAGAAGCCGCCCUGGGCACCUGGCCUCUUCGGUGACAGCCUGGGUGGACCAAUAUGUGGGGCCCCAGGGGCUGGGGGCUUAGGUUCUAGUCCCAGAUCUGUGUGGCCUUGGAAAAUCCCCUUGCCCUCUGGAUCUCUGUUCUUCCACCCUUAAAACAAGAAAGAGGAAGCAGACACACCGUGUCAGUGUGCUAGGAGGCAGCUACACAGAUGACCACCACUAUACUGUUCCCCCUACUAAAACUGCUAACCCAAGUGCUCCUCUUGAGUGGGUGGUGAAAUUGUUUCAGUAGAAUGACCUCCUAUAGGUGGGUUAGGUUAUCGAGUCAAUGCGUAAAAUAAAAAGCACGUGGUCUAAACCAGACGUUGUCAGAGUAGAGUAGGGGUACCCAGGGGUUCAUAACAUGAUGUAGGCAGAAAUAUCAGAAGCUUUACUUCUAUUUAAUUCAACAUAUCUUUUAAUAAAUUCCAUGUGAAUGUUUUGUAGCAUUUAUAAUCUGAUAAUAGCAUAUUUGUAAAAAAAAGUUUAUAUAUACAUAUAUAACAUACAAAAAUAAACAUAAAUAUAUGUAUAUAUUUUUACUAGUAGGCGGGUGCAGUAAAAUAAUUUAGUGGGCACUGGUACAAGUUACCAUUGAAAAUCCCUUAAACUGGCCAUAAAGGAGAGUCUUUGGUCUUUUCAUCGGCUUCCUCCGGCAUUGCAACACAUGGACGUUCUUUUGAAUGAAGAGAUCAGAUGAAGUCACUUGUUUGGGUAAAAGGACUUAACGUUACAUAUAAGAAACUACAUCCUAAUGUUUGGAUGGCUCAGCAUGAGUAGUUGAAUUUGUAUAAGAUAAUGUUUGUGUGAUGCUGCUCUGUCAUUCAGCAGCACAGUGGAAUGCUCUCCAACCACCAAAAAAUAAUCAAAUUUCUAAAAUGAAUUCUGAUCAGCAAAGACAGAUCGGUUUUAUUAUGUCAUUGAAAACGUCAAACACAAAAUACUGCAUACAACAAUUCCAUUUGUUUUUUUAAAUAGGGUGUACACAAACACACACACACAUGCAUCCGUUUUAACAAUUUUUCGAGGAUAUGCAAGGAACUAUUAACAGGAUUUUCCUGCGGGAAAUUAAUAGAAAUAUGGGUGAAGGGAACAUAUUUUUUUCAUUCAUACUCUUUUCUAUUACUGUUUGUGCUUUUUACCGUGGGUGAAUUUUUUUAUUGUGGUAAAAUACACGUAAGAUUAACCAUUUCCACCAUUUCAAGCUGUCUAGCAAGUGGCAUUUGGUACAUUCAGUACAUUCACAGUAUUUGCAGCCAUCACAAUUAUCUAGUCCCCAAACAUUGUCAUCACCCCGGAAGGAAGCCCAUACCACUAAGCAGUCACUCCCCAUUCCCCACCCCAGCCCCUGCUAACCACCAAUUCACUUUCUGUCCAUAUGGAUUUGCCUAUUCUGGACAUUUCACAUAAAUGGAAUCAUAUAAUCUGUGGCCUUUUGUGUCUGGCUUCUUUCACUUAGCAUGUUUUCUAGGUUCAUCCAUGUCGUAGCAUGCCUCAGAACUUCUUUCCUUUCUAUGGCUGAACACUAUCCCACCAUACGGAUAGACCACAUUGUGCUUAUCCAUUCCUCAGCCGAUGGACCUUGGGCUGAUUGCACCUUUUGGCUAUGGUGCUUGGAUCAGAUGGCUGCAGCCCCUCACACUCGAUUGUGGAUGGCUACUAUGAGGACGCAGACAGCAGCUACCCUGCAACCAGGGUGAACGGCGAGCUUAAGAGCUCCUAUAAUGACUCUGACGCAAUGAGCAGCUCCUAUGAGUCCUACGAUGAAGAGGAGGAGGAAGGGAAGAGCCCGCAGCCCCGACACCAGUGGCCCUCAGAGGAGGCCUCCAUGCACCUGGUGAGGGAAUGCAGGAUAUGUGCCUUCCUGCUGCGGAAAAAGCGUUUCGGGCAGUGGGCCAAGCAGCUGACGGUCAUCAGGGAGGACCAGCUCCUGUGUUACAAAAGCUCCAAGGAUCAGCAGCCACAUCUGAGGUUGGCACUGGAUACCUGCAGCAUCAUCUACGUGCCCAAGGACAGCCGGCACAAGAGGCACGAGCUGCGUUUCACCCAGGGGGCUACCGAGGUCUUGGUGCUGGCACUGCAGAGCCGAGAGCAGGCCGAGGAGUGGCUGAAGGUCAUCCGAGAAGUGAGCAAGCCAGUUGGGGGAGCUGAGGGAGUGGAGGUCCCCAGAUCCCCAGUCCUCCUGUGCAAGUUGGACCUGGACAAGAGGCUGUCCCAAGAGAAGCAGACCUCAGAUUCUGACAGCAUGGGUGUGGGUGACAACUGUUCUACCCUUGGCCGCCGGGAGACCUGUGAUCACGGCAAAGGGAAGAAGAGCAGCCUGGCAGAACUGAAGGGCUCAAUGAGCAGGGCUGCGGGCCGCAAGAUCACCCGUAUCAUCGGCUUCUCCAAGAAGAAGACACUGGCCGAUGACCUGCAGACGUCCUCCACCGAGGAGGAGGUUCCCUGCUGUGGCUACCUGAACGUGCUGGUGAACCAGGGCUGGAAGGAACGCUGGUGCCGCCUGAAGUGCAACACUCUGUAUUUCCACAAGGAUCACAUGGACCUGCGAACCCAUGUGAACGCCAUCGCCCUGCAAGGCUGUGAGGUGGCCCCAGGCUUUGGGCCCCGACACCCAUUUGCCUUCAGGAUCCUGCGCAACCGGCAGGAGGUGGCCAUCUUGGAGGCAAGCUGUUCAGAGGACAUGGGUCGCUGGCUCGGGCUGCUGCUGGUGGAGAUGGGCUCCAGAGUCACUCCGGAGGCGCUGCACUAUGACUACGUGGAUGUGGAGACCUUAACCAGCAUCGUCAGUGCUGGGCGCAACUCCUUCCUAUAUGCAAGAUCCUGCCAGAAUCAGUGGCCUGAGCCCCGAGUCUAUGAUGAUGUUCCUUAUGAAAAGAUGCAGGACGAGGAGCCCGAGCGCCCCACAGGGGCCCAGGUGAAGCGUCACGCCUCCUCCUGCAGUGAGAAGUCCCAUCGUGUGGACCCGCAGGUCAAAGUCAAACGCCACGCCUCCAGUGCCAAUCAAUACAAGUAUGGCAAGAACCGAGCCGAGGAGGAUGCCCGGAGGUACUUGGUAGAAAAAGAGAAGCUGGAGAAAGAGAAAGAGACGAUUCGGACAGAGCUGAUAGCACUGAGACAGGAGAAGAGGGAACUGAAGGAAGCCAUUCGGAGCAGCCCAGGAGCAAAAUUAAAGGCUCUGGAAGAAGCCGUGGCCACCCUGGAAGCUCAGUGUCGGGCAAAGGAGGAGCGCCGGAUUGACCUGGAGCUGAAGCUGGUGGCUGUGAAGGAGCGCUUGCAGCAGUCCCUGGCAGGAGGGCCAGCCCUGGGGCUCUCCAUGAGCAGCAAGCCCAAGAGUGGGGAAACUGCAAAUAAACCCCAGAACAGCGUUCCAGAGCAACCUCUCCCUGUCAACUGUGUUUCUGAGCUGAGGAAGAGGAGCCCAUCCAUCGUAGCCUCCAACCAAGGAAGGGUGCUACAGAAAGCCAAGGAAUGGGAAAUGAAGAAGACCUAGGAAGAGGAUGAGGAUUUCAUUCCAAAGGAAAUGCCAGCUUGUCCACCUGAGGAAGAAAUGCUUUUUUCACAAGGAGACACCAAGAGAAGACUAGGAAGUAGCCCUCGUUCUCCAGGGCACCCAAAAUACCAGCCUUUAUUGUCUGCAUGAUUUUAGGGGAUAUGGGGAGGGAACAAGUAGAAGGGAAGAGGAAAAUGGAGAGCAUCCUUAUGACUUUACAAAGGGUGGAAAUGAGGAUGGAGGGAUACAGAAGUUUGCACAGCUGUAAAGGUUUUAUAGAUGUCUUUGCCUUCCCUUCUGAGGAAGGGAAGAAGAAAUGAAAGCACAUGUGAGUAACCCCUUCCAUCCCAUUCACAGCUUCGCACUCCCAGUCCUUAAGGCAAAGGGAGGCAGUGCUGAAGCAUUGGUGGUGCAGUGUAAAGAGACAAGACCUGAUCAUCUGAUCACACUUGUGCCAACUUGAUUCAUAUUGGGCAUUACUAACAACCCCUGGGCAAGGUAAAUAGGUUGAACAAUCAAUAACAUUAUCCCUGCCUGCAUACAUGUGAACAAAAGCUAUAGAGGACAUGCAAAUUCUACAGUCAUUCCUCAUAUGCUUUAGACAGAGUGCAGCUACUGGAAUCUUCCAGAUUUCACUGUUUUAAAAUCAGAGCUCUGAAUACACAAAAGGAAAGAGAAAUGGAGCAGCUGACAUAUUUUAAGCUCACAGUGAUACUCAGUGACAGGAGCACAGAGCUCUAAUGUCCACAGGAUGUUGUAGGGUAGGGUCUCUCAGUAAAUCAAGUCCCUUACCUAUGUUCUGACACUGAGGCUCUUGGAGCUAUGGGUUAGAAAUCCAGGAGGCAAUAUGUCUUUAUUCUAAUGAAGUCCUCAUCUUGCACUCAGAGGCCCACUAGUUUGCCCUUCUAUAUAUUAAGUAAAACCAAGAGAAAUUAA